AUGAGUUCACUAGCCUUCUUAGUGACUGAAUUGCAGGCAGCAGAGAAGUCGCUAGCGAUACUUAGGUCGUCUCCAGAGCAAGCGACAGCAUCUUUGGCCUCUGACAGUCCGCAGUCAGAUGAUCUUCUUCGUCCAGUAUUCAUGGGAUGUGCAACGAAGAACGCGAAAGUCGUCGCCAUCUCAUUGGGGUCGCUGCAGCGGUUAAUAGCCCUCAAGGCUGUACCGCAGUCGGCUGUUGCACUCAUCGUAAGCACGAUGAACGAUGCCAUGAGUCAAGGCGUAGACAUUCAACUACGGAUCCUACAAACGUUGGUUUCCUUGAUCACGAAUUUUCCUUCGGUACACGGAGAACUGCUUGGAGAGGCAUUGCUUCUCUGCUUUAAAUUGCAGGAUUCUCGGAUCGCAGUAGUAUCUUCAACAGCAGCAGCCACCCUUCGUCAAUUGGUGAUGUUUAUAUUUGAAAAAAUGGUCAAUGAGGAUCGUAUAGAAAGAGAUGAUGAUCCAGUGUUAUCUGAUGCUACGCUUCCGGACGGUAGCACCCAAGCGUUGGGACCUUGUGCCAAAGAUGCGUUCUCGGUCUUCGAAGAUCUCUGUCUCCUCGCAAAUUCAGAGAAACCCAAUUUCUUGAAGCUCGACUACCUACAUAAGACCUUCGCAUUGGAGUUGAUCGAGAGUGUACUCACGAACUAUCAUGAAUUGUUCAGGAAGGCAACUCAUUCUAACGUACGGCAGCACUCGGAGCUUUUGAUGUUGCUGCAACAUCACCUUUGUCCACUCAUUCUCAAAUCUCUCUCUGACAGACACGUCUUUCCGUUGACCCUCAGAUGCACACGAGUUGUAUUCUUGAUCCUGAAGCAGUUCUCAUUCGAGCUAGAGACAGAAGCUGAAGUAUUCCUCAUGCUUCUCAUCAGAAUGAUCUCAGAAGAAUCUGACUCUUCGAAUCCGGACCAUUCUGGCUCACGUCCAGUGUGGACAAGGGUCCUUGCGAUGGAGAUAAUGAGAGGGGUAUGUAGCGAUGCUGAGCUUGUCCGAAACAUAUGGGAUCGCUAUGAUGCGCAGCAGCCGGGCUCAAAGGUCUUCGGCUCUCUUAUAGUGGCAUUAAAGCGCCUUGUUACUGAGAAACCUGCUCUACUGGGAGUGAGCACGCAGAUGAUGGGGGUCGGAAUUUCUCAUGCGGGUGAUAGCGCUACACCAUCGGGUUCCAAUUACGGUCUGGAUGUCGCUGGAAUGGUUGCCACGGCUGCAAGUGCUACCGUGUCGGGAGUCGUUGGGAUAAUUGGGUCUGGCGUUGGUCUGAGCGUGCAGAACUCAGCCAUGAAGCUCCAAUGCAUCGAUCAAUUAGACAAAGCGGACUCACCACCAAUCCCCGAAGCAUACAUUUAUCUUCUUGCUGUGCAGUGCAUUGUCUCCCUAUGCGAAGGCUUCGCGUCGUUCACUGGCCCACUAUAUACGUCCAUCAUGGUUCAACGUCCUCGAGCGGCUGGCGAGCCUCUCAUUCGUGCACCUGCCGCUCUUGACCUCUCCACACUCGUGCAGGACGAUGCUGCAACUCAGCACCUUAUCAUCGUGCGUUCUAUGGUUGAGAACGGCUGGCCUGCGCUUCUCGCAGCCCUCUCCUUCAUAAUCUCGACGAACUUGUCAGAUGAGCUCUUCAUAGACGUUCUCAGCAGCUAUCAAGCUUUGACGAACGUCGCAGGGAUGCUCGCCCUCAGCACUCCUCGUGAUGCAUUGUUCAACUCGCUUUCGAAAUUUGCGAUACCUUCCCGAGUAGUGUCCGGCUUGGAGUCCUACGUUGAACCUCCAACGCCUCGAACCUCAACUUCUUUCACAGAAAAUCUGGGAUUGACAGCACCUAUCCAAGCACCAGGACUUUCCGAUCGAAAUCUAGCAUGCCUCAAAGUGUUGGUAUCUAGUGCCCUUUUCCUCGCUGGCAGUCUGGGAGAGAGCUGGUAUGGCAUUUUGGAGGCUUUACAGAACGCGGACUACGUCUUGAAUAUCAAAGCAUCGCAAGCGUCUACCAACCGGAGGAUGAACACACCCAUGACACCCAGUCGAUCCGUGUCAGCGGCGAGCUCUGCUGAGCAGGGGAAGGUAGCUCGUCACCCCCUCCUCAUGGACAUCGAUUCAGAGAGCGUGCUUGCUGCCGUGCAGCGCCUCUUUGAUGCGUCCAAAAACCUGGAGGAUUCAGCUUUUCGGGACUUCGUCACCGCACUCUGUAAACUUAGCUCAGAGAUGGUCGGGAUGCAAUCUGAUGGGAACAUGCUAAUGGAGUCGGAUGAUACCUUGAGUCCUGUACCGAUUUCUCCUCACAGAAGGCGCGUCAGUGGUAUUCAUCUGCCACGCACGUUGCGCCAGGGUGAUUUCGGUGUGGAGAGACUGGGUUCAGUGGCGAUGCUGAACAUCCAUCGAUUCAUCUAUCGCGCACCCGAGGUCGCAUGGAACACGACUACAAAUCAUCUUCUGUGGAUCAUGGGACUUUCGUCAGCGCCACAGUCAAUUCGAGUACAGGCAGCACGCGUCCUCGACGAAAUUCUUAUUGUGGUCCCACGUAAUUUAUCAUCCACUGGAGAUCUGCAGCCCAAAGUUCAACGCCGCGUUCUCGACGUUCUAUUUAAACAGAUAGUACCCGCAUCAUCCGACGUCUCAGCGACAAGCACGAACAUCGAGCUCCGACGAAUGGGGUUGGAGACCUUGCACCAAAUCCUACAGGCGUCUGGACACACUUUCGUCGUCGGCUGGGGCAGCAUUUUUGAGAUGCUGGGGAGCAUCUGUAAACCCGCGGCUCUCUCCAGAUCUCAGUCCGUUGACUCAAUCAGCACAUUAUCGCUUCAAGAGACGCCCCGUCAGAAGCCACUGCCUCUGAUAUACGUCAGCGACCGCGGCUACACCGCGCUAGUGAAGAUCGCGUUCCAGUCCCUCAAAUUAGUCUGCGACUCUGUGUCUGUGCUGUCCCCUGAAGACUUGCGGCUUUGCAUUAAAACCCUCGGACAAUUCGGCCGACAAGCCGACACGAACAUUGCGCUUACUGCUGCAGAAAGCCUGCUCUGGAGUGUGUCAGAUUCAAUCCAGGCCAAGCGGAAGGACGCAGAGAUGGAACCGGAAUACAGCGCAUUGUGGAUGUGCCUGCUACUGGAAGUUCUAGGUCUUUGUACUGACGCUAGGCACGAAGUUCGUGUUGGUGCCAUUCAGACCAUUUUUCGUGCAAUGCAGCUUUACGGUGCUACGCUUACUCUGGAUACUUGGAACGACUGCAUAUGGAAGAUCACAUUCCCGCUACUCGACGCAAUCUCUAUCGAAACCCGGCGCAGCCCCAUUGAUCCCGGAGCCCUGAUGAACUCUGGCCUGGCUUCGCAGUCUCCUGAGCAUGCAUGGGAUGAAUCGAAGAGUCUCGCACUACAGUCGAUUGGGACCAUUAUUAGCGAGUUCCUAGUCAUCAAGAUCAUGCGUCUGGACUCUUUCUCGAAAGCAUGGUCCGUGUUUGUUACCCACGUUCACGACACUGUAUCCUUGGACCGCCGAACCUUGAGUCCCCCUGCUCUGCUUUGUUUGGGGAAGGUGGUGAGGGCGCUUUCUGGAGCAGACGCCUCUCUACAAGUCAAAGUAUCGGAAGCUUGGGAAUGCGUAUGGAAGGCAUGCAGCGAUAUGGGGAGCAUGGUUCUCCAGGGCGGGAGAUCUCAGUUCUCUCCGAGCACGAAUACGAUGCAGCUCUACCGUGCAUUUUCUCAGGAGAGUUUGGUCGCUCUUGUCGAUGUCAUACGGAACACACGUUCCAUUAGUUUAACACAGGCGAAGGAGGAGUGGCCGCUUCAGCGCCUCAAUCGUCUGAUGGAAAUUCUCAAGGGUGUUCUUACAUAUCCUAACUCGACGGACUACCGCCCUGAUGUUGAUGGUUUGACACCCGUUCAGGUAGUGGUCUUGGAUGCAAUCGCGGAUAUCGACUUAGCAGCAUCUGGUGUCCCAUCUCUUAUCAUACGGGAUCUCUCGGAAUUCAGUACCCUUCCUUUUCUCGCUGCUUUCCAUGUGCCCAUCUUGUCUCCUGCCUCCCCGGCAACGCCCGUCGCGGCCUCUUCUCAAAAACAAGUCACGUACAUUGCGUUGUCCAAGAAGGUCAUGCCGCUUAUCGUUGAGUUGUACACGCGCUUCAAGGAUGAGCUCGAGAUCUAUGAAGAUGGGACAUUGGAAGCUGUCUUCUCGGCCUAUUCGAUACCAAUAAAACUAAAGUAUGAGUGUCCUGCUCCAUCAAAGUUCGGCAAAGAUCCUCCUCUGUGGAAGACCGCGACAACAAGCUUUCUCCGUAUUGUCACUGACUCGGUCAGAAGGAUGGCAGCAUUCGGCGAUGGUAUUUCUGAUGCACGAGUCGAGGGUAUAUGGCGACAAAUCAUUGAAGUCUUCCGAGGUGGCAUUUUGGCUGACUGCACUGCGACAGAGGGUUUUUCACUCGAAGAUCAGGAGGCAGAAGAAAGCUUCGAUCUCUCUCUCAUCAGCUCAUUGGAGAUUGAUCUCGUGCCACAUCUGGGAGACACGAGAGUUCCUGAUCACCUCAUCGCACAGUUAGCAAAGAUUUUGCACAAGGGCAGCCAGCUGUACAAGUCAAGCAUGGAUCCCUCACGCCCUGAUUCGCCCUCGGCAGAUACCGCGAAUGUGUCAGACGACUCUCGGGACUCCCAUGACUUCGAGAAGGUGGACCUUGACAUCGGAACAACUGCACCUGGGAUCCUGGUUCCGAGGGAGCGAUUUUCGUUUUGGUGUUUUGACCUUUUAUUCUUGAUUUGCUCUAAUGUUACAAGCGAUCAAGAGUCCGCAAGGAAGCGGGUUGCUGCACUUUGUCUCCCGACCUUGCUUGAUCGAUGCAAAACUACAAUGGUGAGCUAUGUUGCUGACGAGGCUCUCCGAGGUAAUAUGCCUUUCCCGAGGGCUCGUGAAGAUGAACUGUUGUAUGUGCUUCGCAAGGUCCUGGAUUUACAACUCUGGUCGGGAACUCUGUGGGCCGCACUGUCAGAGUCGCCAUCGAAGUUUAGUGAUUCUCAACCCGCUGUUGACGUCACUCUUUCACCGUCUGCACUCAUUGCUGAUGUGGUUAGACGGUCGCCAGUCGCUCACCUCUUCUAUUUUUAUUCGGUGUUGUGUGAAAUCGCUUCAAUCCCUCGGAAGACACCGUCUGCAUGGGUUAUCACGAGUUCCUCGCCACCUGAGGCCACCCAGGAGAGGAGAGGUAAUGUUGUGCAGCCUCAUAUCGGUGCUCUGGAGGAGGGCGGCGAUGCAAUGGAGGUAGAUGCAAGAACACUUGCGAGGAAAGCGUUAAAGGUUCUCGGGAAGGAGAUGGGGGCGAUUUAG